CUAUCCCAAAACACACACGUGUCAGACUGUCAGUCCGUCGGUUGCGAUGCUGAAAGCCCUGCCUGCGCGGUUCCUCGCAUCGCCGGAGCCCGGCUGGUGGCGCCGGCGGCCUCGCCGAGGGUCGCUGCAGCCGGUUUCGGCGGCGCUCAUGACCAACCCCGCUUACUUCGAGGUGGGCAGGUUCCUGGGUGGCUAUGGCUUCAUGAACAUUACAAGUUACUCAUCUUCUCAAUUUGGAGAGUCUUCAAAUGUUGCUGGUAUUCAAGAUCUUGGUCUUGGAUAUUCAGCAGAAGAGCUUGAGCGUUUGAGGGUCCAAGACAUUGGAGAAGGAGAAGUGACGAUUAGACUUUACGAGGGAAGGGUUGUUCAAGGCCCAUUAAGGGGCACACAGGCUGUAUUUAAGGUAUACCCUGGAGCCCGUGCUGGUGCUUCUGAAGCUGAUUUGAUGGCACUGAAUGAGCUAAGAACUCAUGCUUUUCUUCAGAGUGAUGCUAGUAACAUAUGUGGCAACAUUCAGUUUCUUUUAGGGGCCUUUGAGACAGAAACUGGAGAACAGUGGCUAGCCUUCCGCGAUGAUGGGAAAUACAGUGCUGCAGACUAUGCGAAAAUAACCAGUGAAAGGCAACUGAAGGAGCAAUCUGGAGACACGCCAUUUUGGAACCCUUUCAAUCGAGCAUACAAAUUGGAGCUAAGGAGAUACUUUGUUCUUAAGCUGCUUAAUGGAGCUAUGAGUGGCCUUCUUCACAUGCACAAUCAUGAUAGACUGCAUCAAAGCCUUGGGCCUUCUUCUGUUAUUCUCAACACUGUAAUGGAGAAAGAGGGGCCCUAUUUAGUUCCAAGGCUGCGAGAUUUGGCAUUUUCUGUAGAUAUUGGGUAUUCAUCUGUUGGUGCUGGAGCAUUGUCGGACGGGCUGUGGCGUCGAGCAUCUGCUGCUGGAGCAUCAACUCCUUUAGAGAAGCGAGCCUUUGGAAUAGCUGAUGACAUUUAUGGAGCCGGGCUGCUUGUUGCAUACAUGGCAUUUAUUCCAUUUUGCGAAGCAGGAAUUAUGGAUGGCAUUUCCUUGCAGAGACUUUUGGAGAAUACCUUCCGGCUCGACAUUUAUGCUGCAAGAGAGUACGAGUUGCAAACACAAAAUAAGCUUCCUUUUUACUUAAUCCUAGAAAGUUUUUUAUUAGAAAAAACAAUCAUGCUCUGUAUUGUCUGGCAGAUGAGCGGUUGUUGGAAGCAGUAAAUUUUCUAGAUUUGGGGGAUGGUGCUGGCUGGGAGUUGCUCCAGGCAAUGCUUAAUCCGGAUUACCGCAAGCGACCGAUUGCCGAGGCUGUACUGAACCAUAGGUUUAUAACUGGGGCUGUCUUACGGAACUACUAAUCAGCAACUUCUGUUUAAACUACCAAGGAAACCUGUAAAUAUACAAUAAAUUGAGCGAGAGCUGAUACUACAUUCUU